UCUCUCUCUCUCUUUCUCUCUCUCUCUCUCUCCAUCAAGAAUCAAGAUGGAGAAACUUCUCCGUCUCCUCUCUGUCUCCCUCCUCCUCUUCCUAACCCUCCCUAACGCCACCGUUAAUGGAAUCCGCAACGAAGAGCUCGAGGACAUGAUCUCCGCCCUCCAAUCCAAAGCCUACAAUCUCUUCGGAAACGCCGUCAUGACUUCCGAACUCCAGUACGACAUCCUCUCAGGCCACUCCUUCACCUUCUUCGUACCCACAGACUCCGCCCUCUUCGCCCUCGACAUGAGGUCCUCCGCCUCCCACUACAUCCAGACCCUCCGCUGCCACGUCACACUCCGCCGCUUACCCACGUCAUCCCUCGCCUCCCUCUCCCCCUGCCUCUCCUUCCUUCCCACACUCCAUCCCCGUCGCACUGUCUUCAUCUCCCGUCGUCCCAGCCUCUCCCCGGGAUCUGACAUCCUCACCGUCAACGGCGUCGACAUCAUUUUCCCAGGCCUCUUCUACGGCCGCAACAUUGCUGUCCACGGGUUGGACGGGAUACUCACCACCCGUCUGCCGGUCGGGAUUCGCCACUCGCCGGUGCCGGCCAAUCAAAGAUCCCGGCCAAGAAUGCAAGAUCAGUUCCGUAAACACGUCGGGAUCGCGGCAUCGCCUGAGAUUCAGUAUCCUUCGGUCGGGAUCACGCCAGAAUCUCAUGAUCCGUUGUCAUCGCGUGGAUCUGGAUUACAAGAGAGCGUUUCCUCUGCGGCCAUGCCGCCGGAACUUCAGAGUCUCAGUCAGACCGGCCAUCCGUCGGAGAUUCCUUCACCAACCUCUCUGAUGUGGCCGGAAUUAGGGGUGAAGGAUUCCGGCAACGGGUAUAAUGACGACGUUCUGGAGCCGGCUGGAUUCGACGGCUGGGAUAUGACGAACUGGACCCUGCAAAGAGAGGGAUGUCCGGCGUACGGAGCUGAGAUUCCGACGCGGGCGACGGUGAUGCCUCUACAAGGGGACAAUGAGGUAAGGUUGGAUGCUGAGACGGAGUGUGGCGAGAGGCGUGAAGGUGGCCAGGGUCUGAGACACGUGGGCAUCCAACGUGGCAGGCCACGUCAGCGCCAGGAUGGCUCUAUCGAUGAUCAUUUCUGAUGAAGUAAAAUGUACGGCCUUGUUUGUUUUCAAUUUUUCAUAUGUGGAAGCUUUUGAUUCGUUUCUUGUAUCGUUGUAUUGUAUCGUAUCGUUUUAGGAGGGUUUUGCUU